AUGGAGAAGAAACCACCUCUCCCAGCUCGACCGUCUGCUGAGGCGACGUUCAACUCAGGGACAGGAAGAAAUAACCCGUCUGCCUGGGACAGGGACAACGACACCCACAACCCCCCACCGCCAUAUUACUCCCCGUCGUCCGCGCCAGUCCUAGUGCACAGUCAAAUAUCCGACGCCGGGCCGCGCCAAUCCCGCAUCCUGCCCAAGCCCUGCGUCGUGCCCCAAACCUCCCACACUCUCCACGGGAGCAUCUACCGCCCGUUCGCACGGGCCUACGCGCCCGAUCUGGGGGACCAUGGCAUCUCCGCGUCGGAUUUUCUGGCUUUCAUCGACGGCCUGAACGAGGUGUGGCUGGCGCAUCCGUAUCUCCAGGCAACUAGCGCGGCGAGCAGUCUGCUCGGGUUGCUCCCGCUGCUGGAGACGCAGCUGGUUGCGGUGGGCGUGCAGGUGGCCGCGGAGUAUGGGUCUGUCAAGGUGUCUCAGCUGCGCACGCAGGCGUACAUGAAGCUGGCCAAUGAGCAGCUGUUCGCGCCGCGGAGGCUGCGGGUGCAGGUGCUUACAACUAAGGUUAUGAUGGAGGAAGUGGGGAUCCCGGGGGAGGUGUUGGAGCUUGCGCCUGUGUCGUCUAAGAGGGAUGAGGAGGGGGAUGAUGUGUUUGCUAAUACGGAAGGGGAUGCAGGGGAGGGGAGUUUUUCUGGGAAGGGGACGAAGGAGGCCAAAGGCGGGAGUGAGAGGAAGUAUGACCCCCAGAUGAGACGGCUGGAGGCGAUACGCGACUAUGUCCUGCCUCUGACCUUUGCCGAUGCGCUGCCGCUAUCGGAUAACUGGUUGAAGAGGGCGUCGGAGAAGCAGGAGCGGGUGUUUUCUGAGAAGCAGAAUACGCGUCUUACUGAACAACGGGAAAAGGCGGCCAAGUUGGCUGCCGAGGCGGAGGCUAUACAGCGCGAACUGGCUUCGCAGCUUGAAGAGGUGGAGGCUCUGAAGACCGCUGCGCGGGAUCGAGCGAACGAGCGACUACAGGGCCCUCUGGGGGAGUCUAUGCAGGGCCGGCUGAUCGUGCAGGAGGACCUGGAGAAGGAGAUGAAAAAAUUGAAUAAGAAAACAGACAAGCUGACAAAAGAAGGGGAGAAGAAGAUCGGCAAGAAGCUCCAGAAGAGCGAAAAGGGGAUUGAGCGCGCUGAGAAGCGAGAGGCGAAGAUCGCGCAGAAGGUAAUGUGGAUAGUGGUGACGGGAGAUGAUGGCAGAGGAUUUCAGGAUCAUCUCUGGGAAGACCUCGAUUGCUGA